AUGGUGAAGAUUUUCGUAGGCAACCUCAAUCCAAGCUCCAAAUCACAGGAUUUGAGGAAGCGUUUUGAACUCUACGGAAAGGUUACUGAAUGUGAUAUUGUGAAUAAUUAUGCGUUUGUGCAUAUGGAAAGUCAGGCUGAUGCUGAAGCAGCCAUUUCUAAGCUUCACAAUUCCGAGUUUGAUGGUGCAAAAAUAAACGUUGAGUUGAGUCAUGGUAAAGGCAGCGGUGGUGGUCCUAUGCGACGCCGUUAUAAUACUCGCGGUCCCCGUCGUGAUUUUCGAGAUGAGCGUUUUAGUGGACCUCCCAGAGGUCCAUUCGGUCGCGAAAGUCCUCGUGGCAUGGGAGGCCCCGGUGGCUACGCGCCGAUGCGAGACAGUCGCUAUGACGGUCCACCGGCCUGGGGAGGCGAUGGUUACGGCCCUUAUCCUCCGCGCGGUCCCUCUAGAAGCUAUGAUAGCUAUAGUAGCGGCCCUCAAGGACGCUAUAGUAGUCGUGAUUACGAUAGGAAUCUGCGUUCUGGUUCAAGGGAUGGUAUUUAUGGUAGUGGUUAUCAGAGUUCGGCACCAGAGCCUGUUCCGCCUCCUCGAGACCUCCCAAGGAAGCCUUCUCCACCUCGUAGUCGCUUCGACAGUUACGGAAGCAACUAUAGCGAUUACGGCCGGUAUCGUGAUCAUGGACAGCCAUCAAGCGGUCCUCCGCCGCCACCUGCACCAAGAUCUGGUGACUACUACGACAACUACGGCAGUUAUGGGGCUCCUUCGAGCUACGACUAUCCUCCUCGCGAUUAUCAUGAGAGCGAUCGUGGUGGGAGCUACAGCUCGUCUUCGUAUGAUUAUGGAUAUUAUGGAAGCCGCGGGAAUCGUUCACCACCACGGAGCGGUCCGCAAUAUGUGAAUGUCGUGACUGUGCGCGUGCGUGCGCCCGUUGAAAAUUUGAACGUCACUCACUUCUGCUCAUCUCAUUUUACUUCUCACCUUCGGCCGUUGGGUUGCGCGUUCCUUUUGUGCACAAUAAAAUAA